AUGUCGGUGGGCAGACUCCCUUCUAAAGCUGACGACAGGGAGUCCAAGAGGGCUAACGGGAUGACCACACCCCUAAUCGGAUUCUCAGAUGAGGACAAACUGGGAACCCUCCAAACCCACGACGACGCCCUAGUCGUCACGCUCAAGAUCGGUGGAUACGACGUGAAGAAGGUGCUAGUCAAUCAGGGCAGCAUCGUGAAAGUGAUGUAUCCCGACUUGUACAAGGGGUUGAAGCUGAAACCGGAGGACCUGACAGCAUACGAUUCCCCUUUAGUGAGUUUCAAGGGAAAAAUUGUCACUUCGAAAGGCAUGAUUAGGCUGCCUAUACAAACAGACUUGGACGUGGUGGAGGUGGACUUCAUAGUGGUAGACACAUACUCCCCCUACACCGCCAUCGUAGCUAGACCGUGA